AUGCUGGCUAUUCGGUUACCUGAUGAUAUUGAAGCCCGCCUGAAUUUUCUGGCAAAACAGACCGGUCGGACAAAAACAUUCUAUGCAAGAGAAGCUAUUCUUGCGCAUCUGGAAGAUCUGGAAGAUUACUACUUAUCUGCAGAUACUGUGGCGCGGAUUCGCCGCGGUGAUGAGGCCACUUACACGUCUGAAGAUGUGAGGAAAUCGCUUGGCCUGGACGAUUAA